UUCAAACUUAAGAGGAUGAUUUAGUAGUUAGCUCAAACUUUAGGGGACAAUGAGUAGUUAUGUGCAAAUCCUCGUUUGUUCUGCAAAUAGUAAACGCCUUCUCAUAAACCCAACACAAACCCCCCCCCUUUCCAGUCUCUACCAAAAACGUGACUCAUCUCCCUCCAAACAUUUCGGCGGAAGGGUACCGGCCAGCUCACACUUCUUCCUAUCCUCCGGCGCAUUCUUGAUCGAUGGCGGCGAAGAACGCUCUGUUGAAGUACUUCAGGCUCAGUGUUCAAACUGUUCCACCGAGGCUCCGGGGCCCGAGAGUUGCCAUCGGAGGCUCAUUUUCUCAGCUCAUAAGGCAGCGAUUCUUCUCCGAAGAGGCCAGGGGUUCCUUCCUCGACAAAUCGGAGGUCGCCGACCGUGUCAUCAAUGUCGUUAAGAACUUCCAGAAAGUCGAUCCUUCGAAGGUUAAUCCAAAUGCUCACUUCCAGAAUGAUCUUGGUUUAGAUAGUCUGGACACUGUUGAGGUUGUCAUGGCUCUCGAAGAAGAGUUUGGAUUUGAGAUUCCAGACAAUGAAGCUGACAAGAUCAACUCUAUCAAUCUUGCUGUGGACUUCAUUGCAUCUCACCCUCAAGCAAAAUAAGGGACAUCAUUAUACUUGCAUCCGCCUUUUAUGAUUUACCCAAGUUUUCUGUAGCAACGGAAGAUAGACUCUUGGCACCUAAGCUGUUUCUGUACUGCCAUUUUUGUCAAGUAUUACAUUUAGUCUAAAGAUCUGAAUGAUAUUUGCAUUUUGCUGAUAUGUGAGCAAUUCUUCUUUUGGACCCUGCUAGUGCCACUAUGUUAAUAAGGAUUCGAAUCAUGAAUUAGUGUUCCUUCCAUUGUUCACUUCUUGAACGUAUUGAGUUAUUGACAAUUGACUUAUCCUAACCCCCUAUACAUCGUUACAAAAUUGAAGCUCCAGACGGCACGAGACCGGUGUUUUUGAAUGUUUGGUUCUGACUCUACGUCGUUGUCUGUAUAGGGAAAUCGAUCUACAUUAUCCCCGUAGCCUUGGAGUUAGCUGUGUCUUCGAUGAAACCUUUAGCCUGGGAAAUGUAGGGACAAUGAGAGUAUUGGAAUUUGACAGAGGUGGUUUCUAUGCAUGUUCACUUUUA